CAACUUGAGAGAAACACCUGCAAUUUUCUUUCCGAGUGUCUUCUAUAGUUGAAUUAUUCCAGUUCACUCUAGUUACGAGAGGCAUGACAGGUGUAUAGGUGCAGAAAUCUGAGCAGCGCGAAUAGUCGAGUACCUGCGACUUGCUCACUGUUCUGACAGUCCCUCUGUCACGCACCUAUAUAUUUUCAUCUUCCUCUUGGUAUUCUUCUCCUUAUUAUUACCUUACUUCUCAACUUUCAUCGCAUACUAUGUUUUCAGUCAAAGGCUGGUCAGUCUCGGCUGAGAAUCUCAAACUUGAAAAGCAGGCGAAAAAGAAAGACGACGCGGAGACGAAGUCGCAUAAGAAGCGUAAGAGAACUGCUCAUAAUACGAAUGUGACGGACGCCAACAUUGCCGACCUAUGGGAGUCGGUAAUCGAAGGAAAAAAGCCCGUCAACAAAAAAGCCAACGACAAGAAACCACGAGGUCGAGCUCGGGAUGGCAGAGAAAAGAAAGGCGGUGACGACACAGCAGCCGACACUUCGUCGGUUCCUACCGGCCUGGCUCCUGAUGUAGGCACCAAUGGUGACCAAGGCGAUGAGGAUUCUUGGGAUGGAAUCAAUGACCAGGAUGAGACAAGUCCAAAAAAACCAGGCUCCGAAGAGCAGCCUCCGCCCAAGAAAUUAAAAACGGAGAAGCAACAGAAACAAAACGGCAAAGACAAACCCAAGAACCGCAAACUCGAGAAGGAUGCCAAGGCAAAACCCGGAGACCGGGCUACGACAACGUCGGGGGAUAAGCCUCAGUCUGAUCCUAGCCAUGACGAGCAUGAUGCCCCCUCUACCAAGCCCAAAGAAGCGACCUCAGUGUCGCCGGCGGCGGCAAAAUAUGCCGCAUUGUCUACCGCGCCUCCUUUGCCUCCCCCCGCGGCCAAGCUCACGCCCCUUCAGGCCUCCAUGCGCGCGAAGCUCGUUUCCGCGCGUUUCCGUCACCUCAACGAGACCCUGUACACCCGCCCCUCGGCCGAGGCCCUCCGCCUCUUCGAAGAGAGCCCAGAGAUGUUCUCCGAGUACCACGAGGGAUUCCGACGACAAGUCGAGGUGUGGCCAGAGAACCCCGUCGACGGCUACAUCCGCGACAUCAGGCUCCGGGCAAAGCAGCAGCCGUAUCCCCCCAAAGGCAAGAAACCAGGUAACCAUCAGAACGGAGCCGGGGCCAGCGACCUGCUGCCCGCCCUGCCGCACACCGACCGCGUCACGACCAUCGCCGACCUAGGCUGCGGCGACGCCCGCCUCGCCGCCACCCUCCUCCCCGAAGCCCGCAAACUCCGCCUCGCCAUCCACAGCUUCGACCUGCACAACCCCAGCCCGCACGUCACGCGAGCCGACAUCGCCAACCUCCCGCUCGCCAACGGCGCCGUCGACAUCGCCAUCUUCUGCCUCGCCCUCAUGGGCACCAACUGGCUCGACUUCGUCGAGGAAGCCUACCGCAUCCUCCGCUGGAAGGGCGAGCUCUGGGUCGCCGAGAUCAAGUCCCGCUUCGGCAACCCCGCCGCCGCCCAGAAGGGGCAGAAGGGGCAGCGACCCGGUGGUCCCGUCAGCCACAGCGUCGGCGCCCGCAAGAAGAAGCUGCAGCUGCCCGCCAAGAAAGGCGGCGAUCCUGAAGGUGGUCCUGCCACCGACACCGACCGGCAGGACCUCGCCGUUGAGGUGGACGGCGCCGAGGAUAGGCGCCGCGAGACCGAUGUGUCCGCGUUCGUCGAGGCGCUUCUCAAGCGGGGGUUCGUUCUCCACGGGGAGCCGGACAUGUCGAACAAGAUGUUCGUCAGGAUGCUCUUCGUCAAGGCUGCGCCGCCCACCAAAGGGAAGUGCGUUGUUCCGGCCGACGCGGCCAAGGAGGCGGCUGCCAGGAAUAAGAAACAGAAAAGGUUCGUCUGGGAGGAGCAGGGUGCCGAUGGUGUGGAUGAAGGUAGCAUCUUGAAGCCGUGUGUCUACAAGCUGCGUUAGGUGUUUGUUUCACAAGACUGGGGUCCGAUGGGAAAAGUUGUGGUUUGUUGGUUAGGGGCAAGGGCUGAUAGCUGUAAAAAGUCUAUAAAAUGCGAAUUUGCUUAUGCACAGGAAAAUGACUUGGGAUCUCGCGCUGGCAUUAAGUCGGCUUGGAACGUCUUCUGUUGCGAAUUAUAUCAUAUAAUAGUGUGGACGAUAUACUGCGAUGGGAGAAAAAGCUGGACGUCAUAUUGAAAAUUGUUAAGGUGGUGAGAUUAAGUAUCAUGAACGCU